CUUCCCUAUAUUAACACUCUUUUUUUCUUUCCAGAAUCAUUUAUAACAUUCAUAGUUUCAGUUCCUUCUGCAUUUCAUCUUUGACUGUUAGUUGAGUUCUUUCCCUGCCUCUUUGUGUUUGGUUUAAUGAUAUGAACAAGAGAUGUGAAUCUUGUCUUGAAUAGGAAACAUGAGAUCUUUAAGCAGUGUGGGACUUGCUCUAAGCAUAGUCUUUGGUUGCUUGCUACUAGCUCUUCUCGCAGAGCUCUAUUACUUGAUCUGGUGUAAGAAGAGGAGGAGUAAACCUCAUCUACGAAAUGACUAUUCUACCCCUGCAACCAGAAAGCUUCUCUUCGUCUUCUGUUGCAGCAGCACUAACCCUUCUCCUUCCUCGAGCCCUAAACCUAAUGAAACUUCACAGCAAUGUUUUACUUCUGAUGUGGUGGGUCCAGGGCUUGUGCCGAGGUUUCUGUUCACUAUCGUGGAAGAAACAGUAGAGGAAAUGGAAUCUGAAGAAGGUGUUUCCACGAAAGGAAAUAGUUUGAACGAUUUGUUUCUAAAUAUGGAAAGUGGUUCUUCUCCUCCGUAUCUCACUCCUCGUGCUUCUCCUUCGCUCUUUACGCCUCCUUACACUCCGUUAACAGAGUCUUGUAACGGCAGAAAAGAAGGUUUCUUCGAGUCAUCGACUGAUGCUGAGUUUAACAGGCUAGUGAGAUCAUCAUCACAUUCACCAACAUCAUCACCAUCGUCUUUGCCGAGAUUUAAGUUCUUGAGAGACGCAGAGGAGAAGCUUAACAAGAGGAAAGUGACGGAGAUCGCAGAAGCUGAAGAAGUCAGCAAAGGCUUAAACUGAUAAGAGUCAGAUUUUAAAGAUGAAGUUUCAACAAGAACAUAUUAGAAAAGUUUAUGGAUUAUUCAAAUCAAAUCAUGAUUUUAGAUAAAAGAAUCAAAGUUGUAGAUGAUUUACAUAACUUAGAAUUUCAAUAACAAAUUAAUGUUAGAAGAAAGAGAGAACAAAGAUGGACAUUGGAUUCGGUUUUUGUUUUUGUUUUUUUUUCUUUUCUUCAUAAUUGCCACACUGUUGUAGUUGACAUUUUAAGAAUAUGAUUAA